AUGAUUUCAAAACCUAACGAAGACGGCGACACGAUAUCCGAGCGAGAUGUGGUUGAAAACGCUGCAGAAACUACAGCUUGGAAGGACAGCCCAGAUAAUCCCUUGAACUGGCCCCCUUGGAAGAAGGCGCUUCAGGUCAUCAUGAUUUCAUCAGCUGGUUUUUUGACAUCUGUUGGAACAUCAAUCAUCAGCUCGGCUCGAACACAUCUAAUGGAAGAGUUCAACGUUGGCAGUACCGUGGCCCUCGUCCCAGUUGCCCUCUACGUCUUUGCGCUCGGCUUCGGCCCUCUCAUCGGCGGCCCGCUAUCAGAAAUCGUUGGUCGAUACCCCAUAUAUGCAGCAAGCCUGCCGCUGGGCAGCCUCUUCACGCUGGGUGUGGGCUUUACACAUAACUUUGGGGCACUUUGUUUCCUGAGAUUCAUGGCUGGGUUUUGCUGGGCACCGGUGUUGGCCGUGGCGCCGGGCACGCUAUCUGAAACCUUCGGUCCCAAAACCCGUGGGCCGGUCUCUGCCUUCUUCAUUUUGGUCCCGUUUCUGGGACCUGCAUUGGGACCUGUCAUCGGCUCCUUUGUCAUCAUCGGCAAAGGUUGGCGCUGGACUCAGUGGACGCUCAUAUUCAUGUCCAUCCUGGCGAUGGUCCCUACAGCCUUCGGCCGGGAAACGUACAAUCCAAUUAUCCAACGCCGUUUGGCUCGCAAGAAUGGCACCUAUAUUGAUCCUCCAGCCGUUCCUCUCAGACGACGGCUUCAUGCACUCUUCAUUGUGGCAUUCGGACGCCCAGUCCACAUGCUCAUUACCGAACCGAUCGUUGCCUUCAUCUGCCUUUACGUGUCGGCGGAGUUUGGGACGCUCUUCAGCUUCUUCGCUGGGGUGCCAUAUACAUUUCAGGGAGUCUACCACUUCUCCUUGGGACAGUCUGCUUUGGUCUUCCUGUCCAUUGCCAUUGGGUGUAUCUUUGGCCUGACGACUGUGAUCCUGUGCGACGUCUUUCUCUACCGCAAGCGAAUCGCCGAGUAUCCGCCAGGCCAUGUGCCACCUGAAUAUCGUCUCUACCCGGCUAUGUUGGGGAGCAUUGGUCUUCCCAUCGGCCUAUUCUGGUUUGCUUGGACAGCUCGCAAGAGCAUCUCCUGGGCGAGUCCUGCAGCCGCCAUGAUUCCUUUCUCUUGGGGCAACCUCUGCGUCUUCGUGAGCACGAUCCAAUACAUCACGGACACAUACCACGGUAGCGUUGUUGCCAGCGCCGCAAGCGCUAAUAGUCUCGCUCGAUAUUGUUUUGCAGGAGCAUUUCCGCUAUUCACAAUUCAAAUGUACGACAAGCUGGGCAUUGACUGGGCAAGCAGUUUACUGGGCUUUGUUGCCCUCCUGUUGCUGCCCAUCCCAUGGGUUCUAUUCAGAUAUGGUCCUUUUAUCCGAUCCAAGAGCCAAUACGAGACUGUCAUCCCCUCUAAGCCUAUCGGAGUCUAG